GGGCAACAAACACGUGGAGGUCGCAGCAAUUAAAAUAAAUAAUAAUUUGUUUCCGACCUCUCAUCUGGGAUGGGCUACGAACGAAAACGCUCAGGCCCUUUCCUUCCCCAGGCCGUAUCCUCGAGCUCGUCGUCUUUCUCUCGCCGUGGUCGUUCUCCUCAGCGGUCGCCCUCUCCCCCAGCAUCUACUUAUUUUCCAUUACUAGCUUCAGAUCCAGACAAUGCACGACUGCAGCCUGUCCCCGAUGCUGAGGCACACUUUUCCUACAGUACUACCCUUCGGAGGCAUCAUCUGGAGGGGUCUGUCACGACACCGUCCGAGCUGGCAUCGGCGGUGAAUGCAGAAGCAUCGAGUCUCUGGUCGCGCGCGCUCAAUUGGAUCACCGGACAACCACCGGACGAUCACUUGGAGAGUGGGAGAGGUACACCCAGACCGGAGCCGCCGAAGAGCACGCCGUCAUCGCAGUAUGCACAUUGUUCUGUAGAGGAUACAAUAUCACAUUACCGGACAUCCCUUACCGAUGGCCUACUGAAGUCCGACAUUCCCACUCUACUAGGGGCACAUGGAUAUAACGAAUUCUCUGUUGCUACGCCCGAACCUAUUCUCCUCAAAUUUGCUAAAACAAUAUACGAGAGUCCACUCAUUCUCCUACUAUGCGCAAGCGCAACCAUAAGCGCCAUAAUCGGCAACGUUGACGACGCCGUCAGUAUCACCGUCGCCGUCCUCAUCGUACUCACCGUCGGCUUCGUGCAAGAACAGCGCUCAGAGAAGAGUCUCGAGGCAUUGAACAAGCUCGUUCCCCAUCACUGUCAUGUCAUUCGCGAGCGGGAAACACUGCAUGUUCUAGCCAACGAACUUGUUCCUGGUGACAUUGUCACUUUUUCUACGGGAGAUCGGAUUCCAGCGGAUUUGCGUGUGGUUUCGUGCGUGGACGUGGAGAUUGACGAGAGCAGUCUGACAGGUGAAACAGUGGCGCGUCAGAAAAGCACGGAGACGUGUGUAGGACCCGUUCCCGCCGCACUGGCAGAUAGAACAUGUAUCGCGUACAUGGGGACGUUGGUUAGGAAUGGUCGUGGGGUGGGCGUUGUUAUUGCGACGGGAACAAAUACAGAGUUCGGCUCGAUCUUUACCAUGAUGCAAGAUGUAGAGGAAAAGCGGUCGCCGCUGCAGUUGAGCAUGGACGAGCUCGCGCAGAAACUUUCGAUGAUUUCUUUUGGUGUGAUUGGUCUUAUAUGCUUGAUUGGUGUGCUUCAGAAGAGGUCGUGGCUGGACAUGUUCACCAUUGGAGUUUCUCUUGCCGUCGCUGCUAUUCCCGAAGGUCUUCCAAUCGUAACUACGGUCACUUUGGCACUCGGUGUUCAGCGGAUGGCGCAUCGAAAAGCCAUUGUCAAGAAGCUCCAUUCUGUUGAAGCCCUAGGAUCAGUGUCGGUCAUAUGUUCCGACAAGACGGGUACUCUGACGAAGAACGAGCAAACGGUCAUUGAGGCUUACUCGGUUGACGAGGUCAUUCAACUGGAUAAUGAAGCUUCCCCUCCACUACCUCCAGCUGUUCGUAUGGCUAUCGAUAUCGGUGCACUGUGUAAUAAUGCCUCUUUGAGCCGGAACGAUGACGGGAGUUUCGUUGGGCAGUCUACUGAUGUUGCAUUGCUGAAUGUACUCUACCAAGUCGGACUACCUGACCGGAGAACAACCUUCCAACGUCUCUCAGAAAAGCCGUUCAACUCUGAACAUAAAUACAUGGCAGUCAGUGGCAUUCAUCAAGACGCGUCAUCGUCCGGGAGGGAAAUGUGCUAUCUCAAGGGCUCGAUUGACGCAGUCCUUGAUCGAUGCAAGUUUUACUAUGUCAACGAUGAGUCGACACCUGCGUUGGACCAGAAGGCGCGGAACGUUAUCCUGGGUAAAGCCAAGGCAACUGCAUCUAGAGGUCUACGAGUCGUGGCGAUGGCAUAUGGGUAUGGCAACGUUGACUUGACCACUUCGGCAGCUGUGAAUGGCAUCAUUAUGCUCCCCUCAGCUCCCCCGACUCGCACAUCAUCUCCCGCCCCAGGAUCAUCAAAUAUGGUCUUUGCAGGUUUCCAAGCGAUGCUUGACCCUCCACGGAAAGGUGUCAGCGACUCGAUUGCACUUCUACAAGCGGGUGGUGUCCAGGUGGUGAUGAUCACAGGCGACGCGGAGGAGACUGCACUCUCAAUAGCACGCAAGCUGGGUCUGAAAGUCAGUUCUGAUGGGAGCGGGUGUCUGACGGGCGCUGCUAUCGAUAGGAUGAGCAAGGAGAUGUUGAUGGAGAGGGUAGGAUAUGUGAGCGUCUUUGCAAGGACGACGCCCAGACAUAAGAUGGCGAUUGUCGAGGCUUUCCAGGCGAGAGGGAAGAUCGUGGCAAUGACGGGUGAUGGGGUCAACGAUGCGCCUGCGUUGAAAAUGGCGGAUAUCGGUGUUUCGAUGGGGAAGAGCGGGACUGAUGUAGCAAAGGAGGCGGCGGAUGUGAUAUUGGUGGAUGAUAACUUCAGUACGAUCUUGCCUGCUGUUGAGGAGGGCAAGUCAAUAUUCCAUAAUAUACAAAACUUCCUUUCGUUCCAGCUGAGCACGGCUGCGGCCGCGCUGAUGCUAAUCACGCUCAGUACCAUGUUAGGGCUGAGCAAUCCAUUAAAUGCUAUGCAAAUACUAUUUAUCAAUAUUCUCAUGGAUGGUCCCCCCAGUCAGAGUCUGGGUGUUGACCCGGUGGAUCCUGCUGUGAUGCGACGACCUCCCCGGAAAAAAGACGCAUCGAUUAUAACGAAACCCGUCCUGUAUCGUGUCCUCUUUUCGGCUUCGAUGAUUGUGUUUGGAACGUUGUUCGUGUAUAUCUUUGCUCUCGAGGAUGACAAGAUGUCCAGAAGGGAACAGACGAUGACAUUUACGGCUUUCGUCUUUCUGGACCUUGUUUCGGCGAUCCAAAACCGCGGUCUGGGAUGCGGGCUAACACACAACAAGAUGUUGCUGACGACAGUCAGCGUGUCAGCGAUAUCGCAGAUAGGACUUGUAUACGUCCCCGUCAUGCAGUCGAUAUUCCAGACAGAGGGGCUGAGGAUGGGAGAUCUAGGCGUCAUACUAGGGCUAGCAGGCACGAGUAUGUGCUUGCAUGAAUGUAGACGAAGGUGGGAGAGGAAAGGAAUUGAAGAGAGUGAGAGGUGGGGUAGAGUUGGGGAGAUGGUUUAGCGAAAAAUAUAUAACGGGACGGUUUUUGGUUUACAUCUGUACAGGAUAGAGAUAAUUUAUCUGAUACUUCUAAUCAUUGCGAG